AUGGCUUCACUCGAUAUAAUUCAUGACCCCGGCACAGCAGCAGACUUGGAUAUCGUUCUAGUUCACGGACUCGAAGGGGACAGUCAAAGCACUUGGACAUAUGAGCCCACAAAUCUAUUCUGGCCUCGCGAUCUCCUCCCAAAAGACUUUCCCAAUGCGCGGAUCUUGUUCUUUUCUUAUCCCGCCAGUCUCACGUACUUCUUCCCCGACGCAGGCGAUCAUGAUCCGACAACCACACCUGGUCGUCAUACUCUUGAGCUACGCGAUGCCCUAACUCGACUGCGGGAAUUACCUGAAUCCAAAAAUCGGCCGGUUAUCUUCAUCGCACAUGGCCUAGGAGGUCUGAUAUGCGCUGAGCUCGCGUCGAUUUGCCCACGGGACGUCCAGUCCCGCAUCAAGGGGAUUAUCUUCCUCAGCACGCCAUUUGGAGACGGACAGGACGAGUCAUGGGAGAGCAUCAUCCGAGCAUACUAUAUACUCUUCAGCGCCACGAACCCCGCAGUUCUCCCCUCGGACUCCGCAGCAGCGCAAUCGACAAACGCCCAAAGAAUUAUCAAAAACUUCGACGCUGUCAAGUGCUCGCGUGACGAUGACGAGUCUCCCCUGAGAGUCGCUUUCCUGCUCCCGAGAAACGCAACGGAAGACCGCGAUGGGAACGCCGCGAUGAUCGUCGAGCACGACUACGCCGUCCUAGACGAUUACGACGGCACGAUUGUUCUUGGGGACCAGGUUUCCAUGACAAAGUUCCCCAAUGGGGACUCGAGGGGGUAUAAAGUCCUUUGCCAGAGAAUACGCGAGUGGACCGAGAGCGUGCUCAAAAUUACGGAUGAGUUUUGGGGCCAUUAUACUGGUCAUACUGCCAUCAUGAAUAAUGUGGGCUCGUUCUAUGGGCUCAUUAGUGGUGACAUUCGAUUCCCAGAGGGUUGGGGCCAGGAAAGAUAA